AUGGAUUCAGCAUCGGUUAAUGAAACCCCAAUGCCGCGUCCCAUGACGACGUCAGAUCCUAGCGGCAGGAGCUUGGAUAGAGGUGCUAUUUCCAUGCGCCGUCGCUUGACACUGGACGAGUCCGAGCGUUUUACCGCUACGAGGGGUCCUACCCAGUAUACUCAGUAUGGAAAAACUCCCAACGUACUGCGGAGAAUACGCGCUGCUCGUAGCGAUAUAGGUGACAUGGGCCGGGAAUUGUUCAUGCACCCGGAUGAGAUUCGUCGUUUACCAUACAUAUUAGACGCCCGCAUUGACGAAGUACAGACUCGAUUCAAUACCUUUUUACGGGAAUUCCGAAUAGAAGAUUUCAUCGGUGUAAUUUCGCCUACAGACGAGGACUAUGAAUUACUAGACAGGCGUGAAAAGUUUGUAUCUCGAUGGACAUCUGUAUAUUAUGCGUUGAAAAUGUUGUCAUACAUAGACGGGCAAUUUGUAUCCAAUAUGGCUGAAUCUGGCAACAAUUCAUCUACAGCGAUGCGUCGCUAUGAAGUAAAUUUGUGUCACAUUAAGGCGUUUGACUGCGUAUUGUAUACGUUGCUCAUUAAAUACCCAGCUGACUGUGUUAGCGAGCUUGAUAGAGUGGUACAGCGUCUUUUCGAGGAAUCGAUAUCGGAAUACUUCGGCGAAACGGGUGUCGUUGUUGAUCAUAAACAGAUGCAUUUGAGUCCAAGGGUUCGUCUAUUUGGCAAACCGGAUGUGGAUUACACUUCCACCCUAGGCCCCAGAGAUAUUGACACGCUUGUGUCUCUGAAGGGUAUCGUCGUACGUUGUUCAGAUAUAACACCGGAAAUGACAAUGGCAGCCUUCAGAUGUUCGGGUCAAAUGAAAACUGGAAUCAACGCUUUAGAGAAAUGCACGCAAGAGAUGUACGAAUAUGUAAUCCAGGGUGAAGUGAAUGAACCUAUGUCUUGUUCCAAGUGCAAGAAUCGAAACUGUUUUGAAUUGUGGCACAACAUGUGUUGUUUCGCCAGUAAGCAGUUAGUAAAGUUGAUCGAAUUACCACAAUCCGCUUCGGAGGCGCCACAGUCGGUCAUAGUUUACGCUUAUGAUGAUUUGAUCGAUUCUGCAAUGCCUGGUGACAAAGUUGAAAUAACAGGUAUAUUUAAAACAUCUGCGGUUCGUGUGAACCCUAGAAUGAGAACGUGCAACGCCAUUUAUCGCACAUUCAUAAAUGCGUUACAUAUUCGAUUGGAGGAAUCUUCUAAGAACCGGAUGUCAUCUGUACCAAAAGCUUACCCCUCGUUGGAAAAAACUCCUUUGAAUUACUCACAAGAUAUUGUGAAGGAGAUUAUGCGGCUCUCCAAAUGUCCCAAUAUUUAUGACUUGCUAGUAAAGUCGUUUGCACCAUCUAUCCAAGGUCACGAUGAUGUGAAGCGUGGGUUGUUGUGUCAGCUAUUUGGAGCCAGCGUUGACUUAUCUUCGCGUAUGAGAUCGCAGAUUAAUGUACUUCUCUGCGGGGACCCAUCGACGUCUAAGUCGCAACUAUUAAAAUAUGUCCACAUGCUUGCUCCACGCGGAGUCUACACCAGUGGAAAGGGCAGUAGUCAAGUAGGUCUAACAGCUUACGUUCGCAAAGAUGUAGAGACGCAUGAGUAUGUGCUUGAGAGCGGUGCCGUUGUACUAUCUGACGGUGGAAUAUGUUGUAUUGAUGAGUUUGACAAAAUGGAUGAUUUUGCCAAGGCUAUUUUGCACGAGGUAAUGGAGCAACAAACGGUGACCAUCGCCAAGGCUGGUAUAGUGGCAACGUUGAACGCCAGAACAGCUAUAUUGGCUUCAGCGAAUCCCAUUAACUCGCGUUAUGACAAGCGCAAAGCCGUGGUAGAGAACAUAAAUUUAACGCCAUCUCUGUUCAGCAGAUUUGACCUUAUAUAUCUCGUUUUGGAUUGCAUAGAGCCUAACAUGGACAAGACUAUUGCGAAGCGCCUGUGCAACUCAUUCGCAGGAACAGAUGAUGAGAACCCUCCUAUCGAUUCUCUUACUCUGUCACGUUAUAUUUCUUUCGCAAGAGCGAACUGCAAUCCGUAUUUGACGGCGGAGAGUCGGAAAAUUAUCGUUUCCGAGUACCUUAAGGUUCGUGUAACCGAGGGUUAUCCGUCUAAAUUACCGUGUGCCAGUGCUCGUCAACUUGAAGGACUUAUUCGUCUUAGUCAAGCCCUAGCUAAGAUGAAACUUUCCCCCAAGGUUACACCGUCGGAUGCGCGCGAGGCUGCCAGGUUGAUGAAGGCUACUACCUUCCAGUCGCUUAUUGACCCAAUAACGGGGAAGAUAGACUUCGACCAGCUCGCAACUGGUCUUACCUCAGCUGCCGCCAAGCGCACAGAGGCCUUGUGUGAUGAAAUAUUAUCGGCCAUCGGGUUCAUUACUACAUCUGAAGCUUUUGCGACUGUGGACGCGAUAUAUGACCGCUGUAAAUCCCAGUUUAAGCUUAGGGGAGAGUAUCUUGAACGUCGGCAGCUUUUGGAUGCGCUAGAUAAGCUGCAACAGGAAAGCAAGAUCGCCAAACGUCAAGGUGGCUUCAAAUCUUUGUAA